UUUCAGAUCCCAAGUCCUGACGGGGCUUUCAGCGCUUCGUUUCGAUGUGCUGCUGUCAGCAAAUACGGUUCUCUGUCCUUUGUCUCCAUUUCCUUUUGCUGCUUCUUCUGGCGGACGGAACUACCAGAGUCUACUAUCUGGGGAUCCGCAGUGUGGAGUGGAACUACGCUCCAUUGGGAAAGAAUGCGGUCACUGGACAAAGCAUUGCAAAUGACUCUGUAGCUUCCCGUUUCCUCCAACCUGCCAAGGACAGAAUAGGUGGGAUUUACAGGAAAUCAGUCUAUAAGCAAUACUCUGAUUCUACAUACACGGUUGAGAUAGCCAAGGCCGCCUGGCUGGGAUUCCUUGGGCCCGUCAUACGAGGCGAAGUGGGAGACACCAUUAUUGUGCACCUGAAAAAUUUUGCCAGCCGCCCAUUCACCAUUCACCCCCACGGUGUCUUCUACACAAAGGAUUCAGAAGGGGCCCUGUAUCCUGAUAGGUCCUCUGGAGAGCAUAAGGCAGAUGAUGCUGUCCCACCAGGAGGAAACCACACUUACACCUGGACGGUUCCUGAGGCCCAUGGCCCAACUGAUGAUGAUCCAGCCUGUUUAACAUGGAUCUAUCAUUCCCAUGUCAACGCACCAAAGGAUAUUGCCAGUGGCUUAAUUGGCCCUUUGCUGAUAUGUAAACAAG